CGUCGGAUCAAACUCAUGUGGGCCGUUGGCAUUGGAUUGAAUUGGUUGAAUUGCAGCCGUCGAUUGAAACAUCUUGUUUUAGGGUUUUUGGCGACUAUGGACGAUUCGCUCUCCUUCACGGAGGACGACAGCGAUAACCUCGUUUUGAUCGUGAAGAGCGCGCAUCAGCUCAAAAUCUGUGGAUCGAAGGGGGAAUGGACGGAUUUCCUGGCGGCCAGAGGUCUUUCCCGCGCGGUGAGCGAUCCUGAGCGGCACAAAUGGCAGGUUUUGGCUGAGUUUGUGCGAACAUUUGACAAUGAGAUGGUGAAGCGUUUGAAGCGCUGGAGGAAGCGGCUAGCGAUCAUUAAGCUAGUAGAGGCUAGUGAUCCUUGGUCGAAAACUCCCGAGCAGUGCUUGGUGGAUCGGACAUAUGAACAUCCUCUCUUCUUCACGUCAUACCACUUUCCAUCCUUUCUCCCGGGAUGGAAAUGCACAAAGAGGGGAUCGUCUUCGGAUGCUAGCAAUCCUGAAAGGCUACUUUCUCUCGACUGUGAGAUGGUUAUGUGCGAAGGCUAUGAGCAGCAAGUCGUGCAAGUGUGCAUUGUGGAUCGAAACAAUAAGACAGUGCUUGAUACAUUGGUAAAGCCAAGUAAGAAAGUCAUUGACUACAUAACUCACAUUCAUGGAUUGGAGAAAAAAGAUAUAGCACAAGCAACAUGCACUCAAGAGGACAUUCAGAAAGAGGUGGCUAAGCUUCUAGAACCUGGAACUAUUUUGGUUGGUCAUAGCGUAUUUUAUGAUCUAAAAGCUCUAAAACUUGAUCAUAGGAGAGUCAUUGACACGUCCAUGCUUUUCAGGCUCAAGGGCUCGGCUAUGAUUAGUUUGCAAAAUCUCUGCAAGGCCAUGCUGGGUUACGAUUUCCGGGAAACUGGCACUCACAAGUGUAUCGACGAUGCAAUCGUUCCUAUGAAGCUUAUUCUGCACCAACUGGAACAUGGGACCAUCGACGUUAAAAUAAAUUUCCCAAGCUCGGAUCCAUGUCGACUUCUCAUCCACAAGAUGUCGCACCGACUGAUACCUGACGAGCUCAGAAGAAUAGUGGCGGGUACCAUUCCCUGUACAAUCGAGAAAGUGGAAGGCAAGAAAGGCCAGAUGCACGUUGUGUUUGAAUCCAAACUUCUCGCAAACAGAGCAUUCGAGCUGCUAUCUGGCGAAGCUGGACAGGAUUCUGGCGGCUUCGAGCAAAAGUCUGUUACGCAAUGGAGGAAAGGCCUGUACCUCCAGCUCCGCGUAAGAAAGUUAGCGCACAGCUCCGAAGAGGAUCAUCCUUCGAUCACUCCAAAAAAGAGAGAGCUGGAAACGACUGCGGUGGAAUCGAAGCGAUUGAAACAGCAGCCGGAUCGAAUCGACAGUAGAGCCGAACUUGCGAGAUUGACGAGGCACAAACAAAGGCCAGAGAAGAAGAAGUAGAAAAGUGGAAGCCUGGAAUGACUUUAAAAAUUUGUACUUGGAAGGGGGAGUAUCUUCUCCCCCAAAACGCUA